CGCCCCUCCGGUUCCCGUUCCGGGGCCGUAGCCCGGCUCGUUCCGCCGCCGAAAAGGCGCCCGCUGCCACGGUGCCGCAGCUGCCGCGCCUCCCUCCCUUCGGCCGGUCCCCGCUUUGCGGGGUUGCCCGCUGGGCCUGCUCCCGCCAUGGCCACCAAGAAAGGGGGCUCGCGGCUGGAGACGGAGAUCGAGAGGUGCCGGUCCGAGUGUCAGUGGGAAAGGAUCCCCGAACUCGUCAAGCAGCUUUCCGCCAAGCUCAUAGCUAACGAUGAUAUGGCAGAACUCCUCCUUGGAGAAUCCAAGCUAGAACUUUUUCUGAAAGUGAACCCUCUAAAACAGGGGGCAAGUCCCUGUGGACCCCGACCAAAAUUAAUUGAAGUCAGGAAGCAUCUCACUGCAGCACUUGAUCGUGGAAAUUUAAAGCCAGGGUUCUUACAAGAAGCCCAUUUAGUUAUGGCCAAAUUAAAUUAUAUAGAAGGCGAUUACAAAGAAGCUCUUAAUACAUAUGCUAAAGUGGGAAUUGAUGACUUGCAGCUUGCUGCUGUACCUCCUUAUCGCUUAAGAAUGAUUGCUGAAGCAUAUUCAACCAAAGGUCUUUGUCUAGAAAAAUUACCAGUAUCCUCUUCAACAAGCAACCUCCAUGCAGAUCGUGAGCAGGAAAUUAUAAUGUGCUAUGAGAAGGCUGGGGAUAUAGCCCUUCUGUAUCUCCAGGAAAUAGAAAGGGUAAUAAUUACCAAUAUGCAGAACAGAAGUCCUAAGCCUGGGCCUGGAACACACGAACAAGAACUUGGAUAUUUUUUAGAAACUGGACUUCAGAGGGCCCAUGUUUUAUACUUCAAAAAUGGGAAUUUGACAAGAGGAGUUGGUAGAUUCAGAGAGAUUCUACGAGCUGUUGAAACAAGAACUACACAGAAUCUACGCAUGACAAUAGCAAGGCAGUUAGCUGAAAUUUUGCUCCGAGGCAUGUGUGAACAGAGUUACUGGCACCCUCUGGAUGACCCUCCUCAACAAUCACCCUUAAACGAUCCACUCUGGAAAUCUACAAACACUAAAAGUUACACUCUCAGCAGAAGACCUCGCGUGUAUUCAGGAGAAAACCUUUUUUGUCCUCAAGAGAAUACUGAAGAAGCUUUGUUGCUGCUACUAAUCAGUGAAUCCAUGGCUAAUCGUGAUGCUGUAUUAAGCAGAAUACCAGAACACAAAAACGACCGUAUCAUCAGUUUGCAAAGUGCAUCUGUAGUGUACGAUUUGCUUACCAUUGCCUUGGGAAGAAGAGGUCAAUAUGAAAUGCUCUCAGAGUGUUUGGAACGGGCUAUGAAAUUUGCCUUUGAAGAAUUCCAUCUUUGGUAUCAAUUUGCACUUUCAUUAAUGGCAGCAGGAAAAUCUGCUCGAGCUGUAAAAGUCUUAAAAGAAUGUAUUCGGUUGAAGCCAGAUGAUCCUACAAUUCCACUUCUUGCUGCUAAAUUAUGUAUGGGAACCCUUCAUUGGUUAGAAGAGGCAGAAAGAUUUGCCAGAAUGGUGGUUGAUGCGGGGGACAAAACAUCAGAAUUCAAAGCCAAAGGUUUUUUAGCCCUAGGAUUGACCUACAGCCUACAAGCUACAGAUGCUUCUUUGAGAGGAGUGCAAGAGGUCCUACAGCGAAAGGCUCUUCUAGCAUUUCAAAGGGCACAUACUCUGUCUCCAAGUGAUCAUCUGGCAGCCUUUUAUUUAGCUUUACAAUUUGCUAUUUCUCGACAGAUACCAGAAGCUUUGGGUUACGUUCGUCAGGCUCUGCAGCUUCAAGGUGAUGAUGCUAAUUCUUUACAUCUCCUUGCCCUCUUGCUGUCAGCUCAGAAACACUACCAUGAUGCUCUGAAUAUCAUUGACAUGGCCUUGAGUGAAUAUCCAGAAAAUUUCAUAUUAUUAUUUUCCAAAGUCAAAUUGGAAUUACUCUGCAGGGGCCCAGAUGAGGCACUUCUUACUUGUAAACAUAUGUUGCAGAUCUGGAAAUCUUGUUACAAUCUUACUAAUCCCAGUGAUUCUGGGCGUGGCAGCAGUUUAUUGGACAGAGCCAUUGCAGACAGGCGACAGCUCAAUACAAUCACUCUCCCAGAUUUCAGUGAUCCUGAAACAGGUUCAGUCCAUGCAACAUCAAUAGCGGCCUCUAGAGUGGAGCAGGCACUAUCAGAGGUGGCUUCCUCUUUGCAGAGUAGUACUCCAAAGCAGGGUCCUCUGCAUCCUUGGAUGACUUUGGCUCAGAUCUGGCUUCAUGCAGCUGAAGUAUACAUAGGAAUUAGAAAACCUGCAGAAGCCACUGCUUGUACUCAGGAAGCUGCUAACCUCUUUCCUAUGUCUCACAAUGUUCUCUACAUGAGAGGUCAAGUGGCAGAACUUCGGGGAAAUACUGAUGAAGCCAAGCGUUGGUAUGAAGAGGCCUUAUCUAUUAGCCCUACACAUGUCAAAAGUAUGCAAAGAUUGGCUCUAAUUCUUCAUCAGCUUGGCCGGUACAGCUUGGCCGAGAAGAUCCUUCGGGAUGCUGUCCAGGUGAACUCAACAGCCCAUGAGGUUUGGAAUGGCCUUGGGGUGGUUCUGCAAGCUCAGGGUAACGAUGAUGCAGCCACGGAAUGUUUCCUGACGGCCCUGGAGCUUGAAGCCAGUAGCCCUGUUGUCCCUUUCACCAUCAUCCCUCGAAUCCUUUGAAAGGCAGGCUGCUCAUCCUGUUUCAGCUGAACUUGAGAAUGUGAGGACGCCUAUGAGCGAAUCUUUCCUUCUGACUCCAAGGGGCAGCUCUUCACCCUGAGAGGUAACAAAUACAACUGCAGGCAAUCUGCUCAUUUCUGUCGGGUGUCCAACGCGGGAAAGCAAUAUAGGAUCUUAAUCAGUGAAGAAAAAAUGGAAAAGGGAAGGAAAUAAAUACACAUGCACACUUUAAGCCACCAUGUAUGUAUUGUCUACAUUUUUUGCCACAUAGUCAUUUCGAAACCUGAUGCUUAUUGUUCAAAUGGAUAUUGUGCCAUAUUUUGUUAGGUGACAUCAGAGUGUUAUGUAAAAACUCUAAAUAGAAUCAGUGAUAGAUAAUAGAUUCAAGUUAAAAUUCAGUGGCAGAGCAAGCCUAUUUUUAACCAAGCCUGUCAAAGACCUGUUCUCUUCAUGGCUUUCAACCUCUCUGGAGCUCAGAAACAAAAUGUGAAAUUUGCUGUGUUCCAUCUUCUAUGGUAGUCCAGCCCAGCAAAUCAGCUGAAAGGUUAUGUUUUGAGUUGUUAAUAGCUGUGAUGUGUAGCUAAUUGUUAUUUCUUGUAUUUAGAAGAAAGAUUGUGUACAAGAAUAUUUAUAUUUUACCAGCGUAUGCCUGUUGAAAGAAAAAAGAAAUGAAAAUAUUAGUUAUUUAAGUUUAACUUUUUUAUGUGAAUCCAGAGUUUAUUUAUCAAUGGAAAUAUGUAAAAAAGAUGCUAAAAAUAGAAUAUUUACUGACAUUCCUUAUGAAGUAUACACUACCUUGGCUCAAUGGAAAGAUUAUGUUAAUAAUAAAAUGAUUUUUGAAUGCAUA